CGCUGCCCGCCCCUCGCCAGCAGCAGCAGGAGGAGGCGGCGGCGGCGGGGCUGGUCCUGGUGCGGGGACGCGUGAGGCAGAGCGAGCGCCGCUGCCGCCCCUGCGAGCCGGGAGCCCCAGGUCCGGGCGGAGGAGGCGGGCGCGUCCUGCUGGCGGAGGGAGACAGCGCGGCGGUGGCAGCAGCAGCAGCAGCAGCAGCAGGAGGAGUCUGUGCCCGGCCCCCCCCUCCGCUCAGCCCCGUUACAGCCCCCCUCCCUCCGCGCUCCGCUCCGCAGCCACCAACAUGUCGGCGCCGGCGGCCAAAGUCAGUAAGAAGGAGCUGAACUCCAACCACGAUGGGGCCGACGAGACCUCAGAAAAAGAGCAACAGGAAGCAAUUGAACACAUUGAUGAAGUACAGAAUGAAAUAGACAGACUGAAUGAACAAGCCAGUGAGGAAAUUUUGAAAGUAGAACAGAAAUACAACAAACUCCGCCAACCGUUCUUCCAGAAGAGGUCAGAAUUGAUCGCCAAAAUCCCGAAUUUCUGGGUAACAACAUUUGUCAACCACCCACAAGUAUCUGCACUGCUGGGAGAAGAAGAUGAGGAAGCACUGCAUUAUUUGACCAGAGUUGAGGUGACAGAAUUUGAAGAUAUCAAAUCAGGUUACAGAAUAGAUUUUUAUUUUGAUGAGAAUCCAUACUUUGAAAAUAAAGUUCUCUCCAAAGAGUUUCACCUCAAUGAAAGUGGAGACCCAUCUUCAAAAUCAACUGAGAUCAAAUGGAAAUCUGGGAAGGAUCUGACAAAACGUUCAAGCCAGACACAGAACAAAGCCAGUAGGAAGAGGCAGCAUGAAGAGCCAGAAAGUUUCUUUACCUGGUUCACUGACCACUCCGAUGCAGGGGCUGAUGAGCUAGGAGAAGUCAUCAAGGAUGACAUCUGGCCAAAUCCCUUACAGUACUACUUGGUUCCUGAUAUGGAUGAUGAAGAAGGGGAGGGAGAGGAGGAUGAUGAUGACGAUGAAGAGGAAGAAGGAUUGGAGGAUAUUGAUGAAGAAGGAGAUGAAGAUGAGGGGGAGGAAGAUGAAGAUGAUGAUGAGGGAGAGGAAGGAGAGGAGGAUGAAGGAGAAGAUGACUAAUUGAACACUGAUGGAUUCCAAACCCCCUUUUUACCUUUUUAAUUUUUCUCCAGUCCCUGGGAGCAAGUUGCUGUCUUUUUUUUCUUGUGCUCAGUCGCCUUGUUCUCUUGAGGUCUCUUUUUCUCUCCUCUACACCAUGGUUCACAAUUUAUUUUGGGGGAAGUACCUUGAGCAGAAUACAGUGGAAAAAGAAUCUACCAAUUUCUGUUUCAAGUUCAUUUUUAUCCCUUUCUGUCUCAAAACAAAAAACUGUUUAUGGAAUCAACACACCAUGUUCUGUGGGAAAAAAGAAAACCUUCUGCUCCCUUCACUCUGCUGGAAGCUGAAGAGUGCUAGGCCCCUGUGUAGUAGUGCAUAGAAUCUAGCUUUUUUCCUUCUUUCUCUGUAUAUUGGGCUCAGAGAUUACACUGUGUCUCUAUGUGAAUAUGGACAGUUAGCAUUUACCAACAUGUAUCUGUCUACUUUCUCUUGUUUAAAAAAAAAAAGAAAAAAAACCUUAAAAAAAAUAAAUAAAAUGGGGUUAUAGAAGGUCAGCCGGGGGUGGGUUUCAGAUGUUUGGGUGGGUUAAGUGGGCAUUUUGACAACAUGGCUUCUUCUCCUUUGGCAUGUUUAAUUGUGAUGUUUAACAAACAUCCUUGCAGUUUAAGAUGACACUUUUAAAAUAAAAUCUUCUCCUAAUGAUGACUUUGAGCCCUGCCACUUGAUGGAGAAUCAGCAGAACCUGUAGGAUCUUAUUUGGAAUUGACAUUCUCUAUUGUAAUUUUGUUCUUGUUUAUUUUUAAAUUCUUUUUUUUUUUUUUUUUUUUGUUUCACUGGAAAGGAAAGAAAGAUGCUCAGUUUUAAACGUUAAAGUGUACAAGUUGCUUUGUUACAAUAAAACUAAAUGUGUACACAAA